CACUCCAUAAAUUCAGCACACUCACUGCUUACUCGCAGUUGAAGAAAUUUGAAGAAGUAAAAAUGGCAACAAAAGUGCCGAGGAUCAAAUUGGGUAAACAAGGUCUUGAGGUGUCAGCUCAGGGACUAGGUUGCAUGGGCAUGUCCGCUUUCUACGGCCCUCCCAAGCCCGAUGCCGACAUGAUCAAACUCAUCCACCAUGCCGUCGACAGUGGUAUCACCUUCCUUGACACCUCCGACAUAUAUGGGCCUCACACUAACGAAAUCCUUGUCGGAAAGGCUUUGAAGGGAGGGGUGAGAGAGAAAGUGGAAUUAGCGACGAAAUUUGGGAUCAGGGUCACAGACGGGAACAGAGAUAUUUGUGGUGAUCCGGCAUAUGUGCGGGCUGCUUGUGAGGCCAGCUUGAAGCGGCUUGACAUCGAUUGCAUUGACUUGUAUUACCAGCAUCGCAUUGACACUCGAUUGCCCAUUGAAGUCACGAUGGGAGAGCUCAAGAAACUUGUUGAAGAGGGGAAAAUAAAAUACAUAGGUCUAUCUGAGGCCUCAGCCUCUACUAUUAGAAGAGCACAUGCUGUUCAUCCAAUAACAGCUGUUCAGCUGGAGUGGUCUCUGUGGUCAAGAGACGUGGAGGAAGAAAUUAUUCCUACUUGCAGGGAGCUUGGAAUUGGGAUUGUUGCAUACAGUCCUCUGGGACGCGGAUUCCUCUCGUUGGGCCCAAAGCUAUUGGAUAGCUUAUCAAAUGAGGACUUCCGGAAGUAUCAACCAAAGCUCCAACCUGGCAAUCUUGAACAUAAUGCAAAACUGUAUGAGCGGGUUUGUGAAAUAGCAGCAAAGAAGGGAUGUACGCCAUCACAGCUAGCAUUGGCUUGGGUUCAGCACCAAGGGAAUGACGUGUGUCCCAUUCCGGGUACGACCAAGAUUGAGAACCUCAACCAGAACAUUGGAGCUUUGUCUGUAAAGCUUACACCGGAAGACAUGGCUGAGCUCGAAUCCAUUGCUUCAGUUGAUGCAGUCAAGGGUGAUAGAUAUGGGCCUGGUAUGUCUACUUGGAAGACUUCAGACACUCCGCCGUUGUCCUCGUGGAAAGCUUAAUAAUAAUGUGCUUUCACUGUGUGGUAAUACUGCGUUUAUUGGUUUUGGAAAACUUUAAGUGUCUUUUUGUGCUUUGUGAGUGUUCUGAAACUGUGAUGUGUUUCCUACAUUGCACCCUGUUCCGCGAAGCCAGCCAGGGAAGCAUCUGUUACAUAAAAAGCUUGUGAGCUCUUGUAUGAUUGUUCCAUAAAUAAAGAUCUGGCAUGGUUAUUGAGAGGCAGACAUGAUUGUUCGGGCGAUUGUAACGAAACAUAAGACUAUCUUUGAAGUUUUUUUCAC